CUGACUGUGAGGCUGUGCUGAGCUCACAUAACACACGCUGAGUCCCUGCAGUCAACAGGCCGGGUUAUUAGCAGCAGCUCCUGGGUCAAGUUACAGCUUUACUGUUAUCCUAACGGAUGAUGAGGUUAAUAAGCGUACUGUGCAUUAUCCUCCUAGCUUACCCUCUGCUAGCAGCCACCAUCUCUGAAACACGCACAUUUUUAUCUUCACAGCAUGCAUCUCAGUUUCUUCACCGGAAACGCAGAGCAAAUUCAUUCCUGGAAGAAAGUAAAGAAGGAAACCUUGAAAGAGAAUGCAUUGAAGAAUUAUGUAACAAAGAAGAAGCCAGAGAGAUUUUUGAAAACCAUGCUGAAACCGACUAUUUUUAUCCAAAAUAUUUAGCAUGCGUUGGUGCCCAUCGUGCAGGAAUAUCCAACAGAUUGAGUUAUUUGAAUUAUGAUGGACCAGCUGAUCUGAGAACUUGCAUAAAAGUGAUUUCAGAUCAGUGUUACCCACUACCGUGCAGUAAAGAUGGGUAUAAAGAAUGCAAAGAUGGGAUUGCUUCUUUCACUUGUAUUUGCAAGCCAGGGUGGCAAGGGGACAAAUGUGAGGAAGAUAUGAAUGAAUGUGAAGACUCACAGAAUGCAAACGGAGGAUGCAGUCAGACUUGUGUCAAUCUGCUGGGAAGUUAUCGCUGCCUUUGUGAGGAUGGGUAUUAUUUGGAUGCUAAUAAACAAGAUUGCAAAGAUCACAAUGAAUGUGAAUUGAAUCCACACAUCUGUGGAACUGCGCAAUGCAAAAAUACCCCUGGAAAGUAUGAAUGUGAUUGUGGUGUCGGUUAUAAGUUUAACACGUCUACAAAAAGCUGUGAAGACGUGAAUGAAUGUGCUGACAACGUUUGUGGUCAAAUGUGUGUUAAUACACUUGGAAGUUACACUUGCUACUGCAAUGGACGAAAGGGGUUCAAGCUUGCUCAGGACAAGAAAACUUGCAUUAAUGUUCCACUUUGUGUUCCACUAAAUCUUGAAACAAAUUACGAACUGCUUUACUUGGCGGAACAAUUCACCGGAAUUCCUGUUGUAUAUUUACGAUUUAAGCUGCCAGAUGUUACAAGAUUUUCCGCUGAAUUUGACUUCAGAACAUAUGAUGGAGAAGGAGUAAUUCUUUUUGCAGAAUCUGCAGAUAGUUCUUCCUGGUUCCUACUUGCGCUCAGAGAUGGAAAAAUUGAAAUUCAGUUCAAAAAUGAACUGUGGACAAAAGUUACAACUGGUGGUAAAGCAAUUAAUGAUGGACUGUGGCAUAUAGUAACUGUGGAAGAGCUGGAAAAUAGCAUAAGUGUUAAAAUAGCAAAAGAAGCAGUGAUGAAUAUCAAUAACCCUAAAGGCCUGUUCAAAUCUGUAAAUGGUAUCUUGGAAACCAAAGUCUAUAUUGCAGGGCUGCCGCGGAAAGUGGAAAAUCUCAUUAAACCGAUUAACCCACGAUUAGAUGGCUGUAUUCGUGGAUGGAACUUGAUGAAUCAAGGUGCCCUGGGUGUAAAGGAAGUUAUUCAAGGAAAGCAAAGCAAACAUUGUUUAGUCUCAGUGGAAAGAGGCUCCUUUUAUCCUGGGUAUGGCGUAGCACAAUUUCUUGUGAACUAUACUGACAGCACUUCCAGUAAUGGAGAAUGGUUUGUAAAUGUCACACUGAAUGUUCGGGCAUCGACAGGAACCGGCAUUAUGUUUGCCUUGGUUAAUGGAGAAACUGUGCCACUUGCUUUAGCCAUUGAAGACUUGGGUUCUGAUAUUGUACAGGAUGUUGUGGUUAGCAUACACAAUGCUACUGUUGCUCGUCUGACCACAAAAGCCAUAUGUAUGCAUAGAUACCUUCAAAUAAGUCUCAAAGUCACAAAAACAUCACUAGAGAUCACUGCAAAUUUAUUUGUGGAGAUUAGUUACGCAGAUACGUUGGAAAUGGAUGAUCAGUUGUCUGCUCUGGACCAAGCAAUGAAAGGAAAGAUUGAUACAUAUUUGGGAGGAAUUCCAGAUAUCUCUGUCACCGCUACUCCUAUCUCAGCUUUCUACAAUGGCUGCAUGGAUGUAAUUAUCGACAAUAAGAAGGUGGAUUUGGAUGAUGCAGUUUUCAAGCAAAAUGAUAUUAGAUCACAUUCAUGUCCUUCCAUUUUGUAGUUUUUAUAUCUCUAUGACUUUUAUUUUUAAAUUUUACUUCCACUAUGCUGUACAUUAAUGUUUAGAUGAAGAUGUGCCUGAUAUGUAAAAUCUGUGCAUUGUAUUUUUAAUGUUUGAUUAUUAUGUGUGCCUAGAUUCAUAUUCUAAUAUUUCAGGUUUAAUAAAUAAAAGCACACAUUUCUCACAUUCCAUUUGAACAAAAUAACAAAAAUGCCAUACAUUGCCUUCAGUAUUUUUUUUUAUUAUUAUUUUUUACUACAUGACUUUAUUACACAUAAAUAUUGUUUAGACUUGGAAUUUCAGUAUUAUAUUCUGGUUUACAACAUUAUAACUUAGUUUUUAGAUAUAUAAGGUAGAUGAGAAGUUUUUAAAAUAUUUGUAAAAUUUUACUUAGCAGCUUAUUGUACAUUUUAGUAUAUCGGUAACCUUUUGUGAAUUAAUUUCUUGUAACAAAAAAAAGUAUUCUAAAGAAAUCUACUCAAGAAACAACUAUUAUACAAAAUUGAAAACACUGUCUUUAUAAACUAUAACAAAUUAAAUUAUUGUUUAAAAAACAGCUGAAAAAAUCUGAUCAUUUAUGUUUGUUAUUUGUUAUUAGCAAUAUCAUUAUUCAUAUGGAUGGACAAUAGAGAGCAUUUAUCUUUGUAAACUAUUUUAAAAUAUCCUUUUAACGUAUUGAAUAAAUCAAAUUUUUUAGAGGUUUUACACACGGUAAGAAUGUUCAGUUAUAUUGUUGUACAAACUAAGGGUAUGAGAUGGUUAGACAGGAAUUAGAGAUUUUUUAUAAAGGGUUGUAUGCUAAAUAAAGCCUCACUUUUGACAGCCGCAAGCCAAUGGGGAUAAUUUUGCUGGAAGAAAAUCAGUUAAAAAGAUAUUAAACAGUGCUCUUUUAGUAAAAACAAAUAUGUUAAAUCAAAGUAAAUAUUAAAAUAAAAUGAUUGUGUAAAAAAACAGCAAAUAA